CCUCUCUCUCUUUUGGUGUGCUGUGAAUGUGAUGAACCUUUUUUUCAAUUUCUGUGUAUAUAUAUGACCCAUUCUCUCUCCCAUUCUUUCUCUCUCUAGCUCACUUUCACUCUUUCUCUUUCUUCUCUGCUUUCCUCAUCAUAAACUACAUUUUCCAGGAAGACUCAGAUUUUGAGAGAUGAAGAAAUUUGUGUUGAAUUUGGAUUUGCAAAAUGACAAAGAUCAGCAAAGAAGGGCUUUGAAGACGAUCUCAACUCUUUCUGGAAUCGAUGAAAUUUCCAUUGACCUGAAGGGGAAGAAGCUAACCGUGAUUGGAACGGUCGACCCUGUAUCCGUGGUAAGCAAACUUCGCAAAAAGAGCUGGCCGGCCCAGAUAAUCUCGGUGGGGCCAGCCAAAGAGCCGGAGAAGAAGGAGGAGCCUAAGAAGGAGGAACCCAAGAAGGAGGAGGCGAAGAAGGAAGAGGAGCCGAAGAAGGAGGAGGCGAAGAAGGAAGAGGAGCCGAAGAAAGAAGAGGCGAAGAAGGAGGAGGCUAAGGAAGGAGAAAAGAAAGAAGAGCCUAAAAAGGAGGAGGAGAAGAAGCCGGAGCCGACUCCGGAAAUGAUGCAUCAUCAAAUGAUGCAGGUGAUGGGCACGGGAUUGCCGUAUAGGCCUUACCGGCCCUACUAUCCUCCUGUGCCCACAUACUACCCUGUGCACCACAGCAUGGAAGAGAACCCGAACGCGUGCAUUAUAAGCUAAGGUGAUCAUGCCCCGGGCCGUUUCCGUUUUCCGUUCCUUGCCAUCUAGGGUUGAAGCUAAAUCGUUUUGAUGUUUUUGUACAUAUAAUAAGUUGAAAUAUUGAUUUUGGUCCUCAUUUUUGUGUAUGAAUUUUAGUUUUUAUUCUUGAUGGCAAGUGGUAGAGAGAGGUUUGGUUUCCAUAGUUGGGAGCUUAGCUGGAAAGGUGCAAAUUAGUGUAAUAUAAAAUUUUCUAUGUUGCUAAAUAUUAAGCCAAAAGAGUUUGAAGUGGCA